AUGGGUGGAUUUGUCGGCAAGACUAUCAGAUGUUGUGGGAGCCGCGAGUAUCAGGAGGAGGAGUACGAGAAGCCCCGCGGUGUGGAUACAACAGUGCCGCGGCAGCGUUGGGCCAUGUCACUGCUGGCCAACCCCAACCUGCUUGAGCAGGUGUGCAGGAAAGAAUUCCGGCAGUAUCAGAAAAAUGGUGAAGUAGAUAGGCAAGAUCUCAAGAACGCAGUCGGUGCUGUUUGCGAGCAGACCCAAGUGGGGCACUGCUCAGAAAAGCUGCUUGUGAUGGCAAUGGCAGAGAUGGGCAAGGACUCCAGAUUUAUGGAAGAUGAUUUUUACAGGUUGUUUUCAAUCUAUUUGAGGAAUCUCUCGGCUGGUCAGCCACAGGAUCAUGAUGCAUCAAAGGUCGCGCAACUGAAGACUUGA